AGAUGUUAAGUAAGCGGUUGAUUGAAAAUGUCCUACGUUGCCAAUAUCGGAAAAGUCUGCCUACAAGAGGAAUACAGUGCUAUUCCGGUGAACCUGGUUCAUGUUCAUCAACUGGUGCUCUUCAUUGUAGACCUUUAACAACUCCUCUAGGAUUGAUCAAAAUUACAUGUGUUGUUAUAUCCUCCAUUUGCGCUGGUGCAUGGAUAAGUAGAAAUGGAGCAGAGUUUCUUGAGGAAAAUGAAAUUUUUGUCCCAGAAGAUGAUUAAAAUCUAAAAUAUAUGUUAAUAGUCUAUUCUGUGAUCAGUAGUUUAUUCGACUAGAUUGUAUAAGUCUUUCCUAUUACUAUUAUUACCUGUAUCUUUCAGUCUUGUUUCUGUUGUUUAUUGUUAACAGUAAAAUAUACUGGUAUAUGAUGGCCAUAUCAUAACAUGUACAUUUAAACUGUUUAUUAGUUUGUUGAAUGAUGAGGAAAUAUAAUUCA